CCCAAACUCCUCUCUUUCUUGCACAAGCCUUAGGGGGAAAAAGAGAGAGAAAGAGAUAAUACAAUACAGAUCUCAUUGGAACAAAAACAUAGGCCUCAGGUGACAAAAUACAAGAGGGUAUUUCUUGUGGUAGGGGCAAAGGUUUUGUAAUGGUCUCAACAAUGCCUAGCAAGCUAAGGAAGGCACUUGGAGCAGUGAAAGACCAAACCAGCAUUAGCAUAGCCAAGGUCUACUCCAACACCAACGCGGCCAACCUCGAGGUCUUGAUCCUCAAAGCUACCUCCCAUGUCGAAAUCCCCAUAGAUGAUCGUUACGUAAAUGAAAUCCUUUCACUCAUUUCUUCCAACAAAGUCUACGUCGCGGCUUGUGCCAUAGCCAUUUCCAAACGCAUUAGCAGAACUCGCAAUUGGAUCGUCGCCGUCAAGUCCCUUAUGCUUGUUCUUAGAAUAUUCCAAGAUGGUGAUCCAUAUUUCCCAAGGGAAGUUCUUCAUGCAAUGAAACGUGGUGCAAAGAUUCUUAACCUUUCAAACUUCCGUGACGACUCAAAUUCAAGCCCCUGGGAUUACACAGCCUUUGUUAGGACAUUUGCUCUGUAUCUUGACGAGCGCUUAGACUGUUUUCUUAAGGGGAAGCUUCAACGGAGGUUUACGUAUACUCAAAUAGAAAGCUUAAGCAACCGCCAUAGAAGUAGAACCCGGCAACCUGUUUCGCCGGUACGUGACAUGAAGCCUGUAAUGCUGCUUGAUAGAAUCUCAUAUUGGCAGCGUUUGCUCGAUAGAGCUAUAGGCACAAGACCUACCGGUACAGCAAAAACUAACCAGUUGGUAUUGAUUUCGCUUUAUGCAAUUGUGCAAGAGAGUUUUGAUCUCUACCGUGACAUUUCUGAUGGGCUUGUGCUUCUUUUAGACAGCUUCUUCCAAUUGCAAUAUCAAUCUUGUGCCAAUGCGUUUCAAGCUUGUAUUAAAGCCACGAAACAAUUUGAAGAGCUUUCGGGUUUUUACGAUUUGUGCAAGAGCAUUGGGGUAGGAAGGACCUCUGAAUAUCCAAGUGUACAAAAGAUUUCCGAAGAGCUUAUAGUGACAUUGCAAGAUUUCUUGAAAGAUCAUGAUUCAUUUCCUAGUCAUAACAAUGGUCAUCGAUCACCGUCGCUUCUUCCUAUGCCUGUUUUGAGUUCUGAGAAGAUUAUUUACGAGCAAUCAGAAGGAUCAGACAAGUUGUCACAGGGAGGAUCAGAAUUCAGUGAUUCGCGAUGCACAUCGUUGGAGGAUCUUGUGGCUCUUACAGAAACGGGUAUGUCAAUUGAGCAAGAGUAUUUCUCAGAGGACCAAGCCGAGAAACAAUCUUCUUGCACUGAGGAUUUCACCAGUGCUAAUGAAGAUUCCGGAUCAAACUCUUCAUUUCCCCUUGAACUAGAAAAAAAUUCAAGUUUAGACCUCGUAAGUUUCCAUGAUCACUGUUCACAACAUGAAGAAAAACAAGAAAAUCAACAAGAAGGAAAUGAAACCUCGGAGAUUUCCAUUUUAGAAUUGGACUCUCAACAAGAUAGUUGGGAAGUUGUUUUAUUUGAGUCGGCAGCCAAACAAGUGCAAUCUUUUACAAGUCUAGCCAACGGGUUCGAACACUUUGUUGAGAACGAUUUGAUAAUUAAUCAAGCUUCACUACCUCAACACCAAUACAAUCCAUUUCUACAAGAUGAAAUACCAACUACUAUUGAAACCAGUACCAAUGAGGCAGUCAUUUUUACAGUGGACCCAAUGUUUUCAGUUAAUCCCACGUUUGAUACAGCUACGGCACCAAGUUUUUGCGCACAAGUUGAGACCGUGGUUGCACCGACAUUGUUUCCACACGAUUUUAACGAGAACACAGUGGCUCCAACAUUUUGUGUUGAGAAUUUUAGUGAAACAAUGGCAGCACCAACUUUUAGUGCCAACAGUCCUAACGAGACAGUACCCGCAGUUCCUAAUGAAGACCCAUUUGCGAUUUGGCCUGGUGAAUUGGCCAAUGAACAUGUCUCUAAUGUGUCAAUGAAUCAAGAAAGUCUGUUGCAUCAGCAACAGUUGUGGUUAGAGCAGCAAAACAAGAUCAUGGCAAAGCGUAGGACUUGA